GAAUCUGGACCAGCUGGUCUCCCUGGAGUAAAAGGCCGCCGUGGGCAGUCAGGCGACAUAGCUCACGGCAUUCUCGGAGAAAUCGGCGACCCUGGACCAAUCGGUCCUAUAGGAGAGACUGGUUUACCAGGAUUACCUGGCAAACCAGGCCGAAAAGGCACAGCGGGUGAACACGGUUUUGGUGAGAACGGAGAAGCUGGUGAGAAGGGCGAGACGGGUGGCGCUCCAGAUGUCGGUGAAGAGGGUGCAAAGGGAACUAAGGGAAUGAAGGGAGAUCCGGGCUCAAAUGGCCGGGAAGGUGUUAAAGCCAACUAUCCGUAG